AUGAUUACUGUUGGUUAUGGAGACAUAUCACCUUAAACAACAACUGAGAGAUUUUGUGGAAUCUUCUUUUUAUUGGUAGCUUGUGGAGUAUUAUCAUUUACAAUGAAUUCUAUAGGAAAUACUAUGUAAUAAAUGAGUUAAAAAAAAGAUUAAUAAAAAAAGAAUAUUGCUGAAAUCAAUAAUUAUAUGCAAAAAGUAAAAAUACCAAAACAUCUAUAACAAAGAGUAAGAAAAAUAUUUAUAAUAUAUAUGGGAUUCAAGUAGACUUAUUAAAUUAGAUGUUAUAACUAUUAAUUUAUCUUAAGAAUUGAAAUAGUUACUAACUGUUCAUGUUAAUUGUAAUAUAUUAGCUACAUAUACAAAUUUCUGUAAAACUUUCUAUUGUGUUCUCCUCUUAGAUAUUACUUAAAUUUUAUUUGAAUAAACUGCACAACGAGAUGAAUAUAUAAUUAUUGAAGAUAAUCGAAAAAAUUCACAUCAUUUAGACUUCAUUUAAGAUGGAUUAAUUAAUAUUGUAUUACCUAAAACAAGAUAAGUUGUAGCUAAAUUACCUAAUAAAUAAAUCUUUGGAGAAAUCAAUUUUUUUGGAAAUGUAGGCAGAACUGCUUCCGUAAAAAGUGAAGGAUUUAGUAUUUUAUUUAUUCUUAAAAGAGAUGAUUUUUUAUAAAUAUUAUAAAAAUAUCCUAAAGAUUUUGAAAAAUUCAAUUUAAUUUAAGAAGAAGUUAAUAAAAAUUAAUUUUAAGUACUUUAAAUACAUUAUUUUGCUUGUGAAUUACCAGGACAUGUAGUAAGAGAUUGUCCAUAAUUACAUUUUAUUGUAGAUCUUUAUGUGUAUAAUAAAACAAAAAAUAGAUGUAUAAAAUAAAUAAUGAAAGAAUAUAUAAGGAAAGAUAGAAUAAAUUUUAAUGCUAUUAAACAUUAAUAUUUUAUUAAGAAAGAAGCUUUAAGUAUAUAAACAGAAAUUCCAAUGAUAAGAUUUAUUAUAGAAGAACGCAAUUUGGAAAAUGCAUAAUUUAAUACUAUUCAAUUUAAAAGUAUUCCUUAUUAAAUUGCUUAGUAGUAGUAUAAGUCAUAGUAAAAUUAAUGAAAACUAAAGUUCAGAUGAAUAAAGUGAUUCUUAAACAAUUAAAUAAAAAUUGGAUGAAAUUAUAUUAGAAUAUCAAGUUUAAAAGAAAAUUAAAUUUAAGAGAAUCUCUUUAUUUAAAUAAAAGCUACAGUAAUAAUUAAAUUUAAUUUAUUAAUAUUAAUAUUCUAAUAUUCUAAUAUUUAUCUAUAAAUAAAAAAUAUUUUUAAUAUUAAACUUUUAUAAACUUACUCAUAAAUUGAUCUUUUUGAAUUUGGAUUUGAUUUUGAAAUUUAUAACACAGACAAUAAUUUGAAUGUUUUUUUAAUUGAAGUUUAAAAAUAUUAUAAUGGUACUCAAAUUAAACCAAAAAUAGAUACUGAAUAUGAGUAAGACUCUUUUAUUUUAUAAUAGUGUUAAUGUGUUUGAAGAAUAUUUGAAUUAUUAUGCAAUCAAUAUGGAAGAUAUUAAUAGAUUUAAACUUGAAGUUAAGCCAGAAAGAUUAAAACAAUUUUUACCAUAUACUACAUUAGUUGAAAAUAAAUAAUCAAGACAAGUUUUUUUAUUUUAUUUAUUAUUAUAGUUUAAAUAAAAUUAAGGACGCAUUAAAAAUCCAUUAAGAUAAUCUGA